AAGCGCUGUGAGAGUCCUGCGGCCGCAACGAGUGGGGACUGAAGAGUGGCGCUUUCGGACCGGGCCUGCCCCCAGCCUGUCGCCUGCUCUCGCGCCUCCCGCAUGGUGCGGGCUGCUAGCUGAGCGGCAGCGGCGGCGGCGAGGCAUGACGGACGCGCCGCUAGGCGUCCAGGCUUCCCGUCGCCGGCACUUCCUCCCGCGGCGCCCGUGCGAGGCCGGCGAGGCCGGAGGGAUGGCGGCCGCGGCCCGGGGAAGCUGCCGCUUCUCGGCGCCCCGGCUGCUUUUGCUCCUGCUGGUUGCGCUGCUCUGGGCUCCGGCAGAGGUCCGGGCCGGCCCGGACGAAGACCUUAGCCACCGGAACAACGACCUACCGGCGCCCGCCCAGCAGCUGCAGGCUCAGCCCGCGGCUGUGCAGGGGCCCGAGCCGGCCCGGGCCGAGAAAGGAUUUACACCAGCCGUCCCAGUUCAUGCCAAUAAAGAAGAUCCAGCUACUCAGACUAAUUUAGGAUUUAUUCAUGCAUUUGUUGCUGCCAUAUCAGUUAUCAUUGUAUCUGAACUGGGUGAUAAGACAUUUUUCAUAGCAGCCAUCAUGGCAAUGCGCUAUAACCGUUUGACUGUAUUGGCUGGUGCUAUGCUUGCCUUGGCCCUCAUGACAUGCUUAUCAGUUUUGUUUGGCUAUGCCACCACAGUCAUCCCCAGAGUGUACACAUACUAUGUUUCAACUGCAUUAUUUGCCAUUUUUGGCAUUAGAAUGCUUCGGGAAGGCUUAAAGAUGAGUCCAGAUGAGGGUCAAGAGGAAUUGGAAGAAGUUCAAGCAGAAUUAAAGAAGAAAGAUGAAGAAUUUCAACGAACCAAACUCCUAAAUGGUCCCGGAGAUGUUGAAGCGGGUACAAGCACAACAAUACCUCAGAAAAAGUGGUUGCAUUUUAUUUCACCCAUUUUUGUUCAAGCUCUUACAUUAACAUUCUUAGCAGAAUGGGGAGAUCGCUCUCAACUCACAACAAUUGUUUUGGCAGCUAGAGAGGAUCCCUAUGGUGUAGCCGUGGGUGGAACAGUGGGGCACUGCUUAUGCACUGGACUGGCAGUAAUUGGAGGAAGAAUGAUAGCACAGAAAAUCUCUGUCAGAACUGUGACAAUCAUAGGAGGCAUCGUUUUUUUGGCGUUUGCAUUUUCUGCACUAUUUAUAAGUCCUGAUUCUGGUUUUUAACAAACUAUUUGUUCAUCGGUAUUUAGUACAAGGUAGUGACUUUUGUCUUGCUAUAUAUAAUGUACACUAUAACUAAAAGUAAUGGAAAAUACUAUAUUUUGUAGCAUUGAUUUGUGAGUUUGACCCACUUAAUGAAAUUACUACAUCCAAAAAAGUCAUGGAUUUUAUACGUAAAAUGGAUUUUUAAAAGAAACCUUUUAAGUAUGGAUUUUCCCCCAACAUAAUGAUGCUCAUUAUGGCUAUGGAACCAUGGUACAUUGGGGUCACUUAAUUUUCUUCUAGCAUGACCCCUUUAUAAGGAGUGUAUGUUUUCUCUUUGGUCACUGAAGUGUUUUAAGAUGCUGACCUCAAAGUUUUCCUUGGGGAAUAGAUUAAUCUGUUUUUUAAAACAUUUCCCUAGGUCAGAAAACAGUAGUUUAAUCUUGAGUCUUUUCACAAUUAGGUUGUUUAAAAAAUUAAAAGUCAAAUAAAUGGUAUUACUAUUAUACCAGUAACACAAUACAAGAACUGUUUGUGAGAUCUGUUCUUCAUUUUUUUAUUGGGUAGGACACCCAAUAUAAAAGCAGUCAAUAUUUGACAACAUGGAAUUACCAAAUUAAAAGAGAAUACUAUGAAUGUAUUCAUAUUUUUUCUAUACUGAAUAAACUGUAACAGAUAAAAUGUAAAUAAAAGUGAUAUGACCAGUG